GCCGCCCCCUUCCUGCCUGGCGGCGCCUGGGCCCCGCAUCCCAGGCAGCGGCCGCCCAGAUCCGCCGAGCCUUGGCCAGCUGAGCGCACCCGGGACGCUGCCGCGACCAUCUGGGCGGGUAUCCUGCCUCUGGGUCAGGGAUCCAUUUAGCUCUCCUUUCCCUCCUGCUUUGGCUGACUUCCUUGACCAAGCCGUCCUUUCCGGUGGCCGGGACCAGCAUUCCUUCCCGUGGGCACAGUGGGCUGCGGAGGGACGGCCACGAGAAAGCCACGUCUUCAGGUCCAGGACAAGACGCCCAGCGCCAGUAGCGGAGUCCAAAGGGAAUGAGCAGGAGGCACAGCGCCCGGCCCCCGCAAGCGCCCCCCUGCCCCCUGAGGAAGCCGGAGACGUGGGCAGAGCUGCCCAGAAGCAGAAGCUCCAUGCCGAACUGAAGCAGGUUCUGCAGAGGAAGAGUGAAAGCCAGCGCAGCAACGUGGGAAGGCGAGAGGAGGAGGAGGAGGAGGAGCAGCCCCCACUGGUCUCCAGCGCGAUGGAGGCCCAGCUCAGUGCCAUGGAGAAGAUCAUCGAGACAUCUGAGCUGUUGGAGAUCAUUGUGGAGACGGAAGCAGAAGCCGGGGUCAGCGGGAUGAGUGUGGCCGGGGGAGGGAGAGAAGGCCUUUUCGUCAGGGAUGUGCUCCAAGACUCGCCGGCAGCCAGGAGCCUGAGUCUCAAGGAAGGCGACCAGCUCCUCAGCGCCAGAGUGUACUUCGACAACAUCAAGUACGAAGACGCCUUGCAGAUCCUCAAGUGUGCUGAGCCGUACAAGGUCUCCUUCUGCUUGAAACGGACGGUGCCCAGCGCCGACGUCACCCACAAGCCGGGGGCUCCCACCUUCGAAGUGCGGGGACCCAAGGCCAAGAUGGCCAGGCUGAACAUCCAGAGCCUGACAGCCUUGAAGAAGAAGAAGAAGAAGAAGAAGAAGAAGGUGGCGGUGGUGGUGGGUCGGGGCAUGCAAGAAGCAGAGGCACCCGGCAGCAGGAAGCCCGAGCUCGUCCCCGUGGACGUCGAGUUCUCCCUGCCCACCUUCUCCAGGCUGCGCAAGGCCAAGAGUGCUGGGGAGGUGGCCGUGGCUGAGCCCAGCCCGGACCGCUCUCCCCACCUCUCCUCUCUGGAGACCAGGCGGCACAAGCUGAAGUUCCCCCGGCUGAAGGUCAAGGAGGCGGCGGCAGCGGCCACACUGGCUGCCAGGGCGGAGGGCCGGCUGGGAGGGGGCCGAGCAGAGGCCGAGGGGAGGCCGGCCAGGUUCGCCAUCCCCUUCCCCAAAGGAAAGAAGCCCAAAGGAGAAGGGGCCGGGGCCGGGGCCAAACUGCAGGCCGGCUUCCAGGCUCCGCAGGUGGAACUGGGUCUCCCUCUGCCCAAAGGCGGGGAGCCUCCCACAGCAAAAGGCGAAGGCUUCCGGAUCCAGGCCCCUCGGCUUGAGCUGCCCAAGGUGAGCGCCGUGGGGCUGGAGGGUCCCGAAGGAGGCAUCCAAGCUGGGCUGAGGCUCCCCACAGCGGAAGUGGCAGCACCCAAGCUGGAGGUCACCCUGAGCCUCCCCAGACUGGAGGGCGCUGCUCCAGAAGUGGCCCUCGAAGGGGGAGGCUUCAGGGCCCCCAAGUUGGGGGCCUCCACCGAGGAGCCGGAGAGGAAACUGCCCACCUUCAAGCCCCCAGCCCUGGAAGUUGCUCUGGGGCAAGGCAGAGGCGUGGCUGGCGGGCUGGAAGAGCGACCAGGGCUGGCAGCAGCAAUGCCCACUCUGGAGGUGGGGGCCCCUUCGGUGGACCUUGAGCUCCUCCUGCCCAAGGGGAAGGCAGAAGAGGAGCCUCGCAAGCCACGCAUGGAGAUCCCAGAGGUCUCGGUCAAGGUGCCCAGCGUCAGCCUUCCCAGGCUGGGGGCCAGAGCCCCUGAAGAGCUGGAGGCCAAGCUGCCCCAGGUGGAGCUCGGCGUGGGGAAGCCAGAAAGCCCCAAAGCAAAAGCAAAAGGUCCCAAGAUCCAGAUCCCGGGGUUUGGGGUCUCCCUGUUGGAACGCAAAGAGGGCGCUCAAAGGGUGGCAGCUGAGGGCAAGCGGGCUGGGGUGAGCGUGCCAGCCCUGGAUCUGUCGGUCCCCGGCCUCACGGAGGUGGAGCUGGCUGCCCAUGCCCUGGGGGCCAAGGUGGAGGAGGCCGCCGAAGAGGCGAGGCUCAAGCUUCAGCUUCCUCAGGUGUCCCUCCCGAAGCUCGACAUCCUUGCCAAGACGUCCCCACCCCAAAUCCAUGCCAAGUUGCCAAAGCCGGAAGUCGAGGUGGGUGUGGCGGUUGGUGUCCCCAAGCUGGAUCUGGCUUUGCCAGCCGUGAAGGUGCCAGACGUGCAGCUCCCCAAGCCCCACUUGCCCAAGCCAGGACUGGACGUUUCUGUGGAGAAGCCCAAGGUGGAGGUGGCCGUCUCUGUGGCCCGACUGAGCUUCCCCUCCGCAGCUGUGCCAGCCCUCGAAAUCGACGUGCCCAGAGUUGGGGUCGAGGUGGGCUUGCCGAAGGCUGAAGGCGGCAAGCCCUCUUGGGACCACGAGGCCACGCUGAGAAGGCCCACCUUGGAGACCGUCGGCCAAGACUUGGGGGUGGAGAUCAGCGUCCCCACAUGCAGGCUGGGCCAGACUGAACCCGAGCCAAGUGGGGAGGUCUUUGAGGGGCCAGACAUCAGUGAGAUGGUAACCAAAAUCCCCAAGGUGGACCUUGCUUUUGGGAAGGAGCCCCCAGCAUCUGAAGGGGCCCGAGGGGUGGAGGUGGGCUUGGGUCUGAAAGGCAAAGCAUGGCCAAAGGUUGAGCUGGAACUGGAAGGCCCUCCCGGGGGUGCCCAAAUGAAAGUGCCUUCUGUGGAAAUCCCAGCCAUAACACUCCCAGCGGCGGCGGCUGCUGAGAGUGGCAGAUCCCCUGAGGCUAAGCUGAAGGCAUCCAAAUUUGCCCUCCCCAAGUUCAGCAUUUCUGGCCCCAAGGCCUGGAAAGCGAGUGCAGAGGCGUCCGUGCCUGAAAGGGAGGGCCCGGAAGCAGCUGACAGAGGGCUCAAGCUGAAGAUGCCAAAGUUUGGGAUCUCCUUCCCCAAAUCCAAGUGGGGGGCAGAGGCAGAGAGUCCCAAGCUAGCUCUCGGUCUCGAAGGGAAAGUCCCCAAGGAGAGGGCAGCCAUGGGGCCGGAGGCUUCCGACUGGGGGCUGAGGCUCCCCUCUGUCACGCUGCCUGCAGUGGACAUUGUGGGGCCCAGCGGGGCGGUGGAGAUCGGGCUGCUCCCAGGGAAGGCAGAGUUGCGGGACCAAGAAGGCUCAAGGGCUUCCCCAGAGGUUGGCAUUGACCUUCCCGAGAUCAAGCUGAAAGUGCCCCAAGUCUCACUGCCCAAGUGUGGGGACCAAGGCGGGGAGGGUGGCGAGGAGGCCAAGCCCAAAGGAGGGGCCAAGUUCAAGAUGCCCUUGUUCGGCAUGGGGCGCAGAGAGGCGGCGGAGGGGCCGGGUGCAGACGUGGGUGGCAAGAGCAAGCUGGCACCUGGAAGCCCCAAGGAGAAGGCCCCAGGCCCCCCCUCGGCCAGGAUGCCCAAGCUGAAGCCGUCCUCUCCCAAGCCAGAAGCAGAGGCUGGCAGGCUGCACAUCCAGGCCAAAAUCCCCCAGGUGGAACUCCCCAAGAUCGGCCUCAAAGAGGAACCAGCGGAAGAGGGGCUGGCCGUGGGCUCAGGGAGCCCCAGUCUCAGGGCCAAGGUGCCGGAGCUCGAGAUCGCUGUCCCUGGCGCCAGAGCAGAAGGAGAGCUGGCCCUGGGGCUGCCGGUGGUGGACGUGUCGGAGGUGGACCUCGGAGGCUACGAGGGAGAGCUGAAGAUCCCCAGAGUAGAGCUGGACAUUGGCCUCCCCACAGCCAGUGCAGAGGCCUCCAGGCCACACGCAACCAUCAGCACAGACGCCAAGGUCAAGGUGCCAAAGGUGGAGCUCCCAACAUUUGGGAGGGGUGACGAGGAGGGGGCAGAGGUGCAGCUGGUUGAAGGGGGCCGGCUCAGCCGUGGGAGGGAAAGGGAAGUGGCUGAAGGCUCCCUCCUGGACACCAAGAUCAGGGUGCCCAGGGUGGACAUCUCCUUGCCCAAAGCCCGGCUCUUGGAUGCAGAGCGGCCUCUGACUGAGGGAGAAGCUGCCACUGAAGGGACGGAAGAGAAGUUCAAGAUGCCCUCAGUGGGGCUGCCCAAGUUCUCUGCCCCCAAAAUGAGGGCCCCUGAGCUAGAGUUCGACAUGAGCCUGGAAGGGGGCAAGUUGCCCAAGGCCAAGGUCAGUGGGCCUGCAAUCAAGUUGCCCAAAUUUGGGGGCUCCGGCUCGGAUGGGGAAGGGGAGCCCGAGAUGGAUCUGCCGAAGGUCCCACAGCUGGAGCUGAAGGCUCCCCAACUCAGAGGGAGCAGCGAGACGCCAGGCAGCGAAACCGGGGCAAAGGAGGGCAAGCUCAAGAUGCCUUCUGUGCCCAUCAGCCUUGCCCUGAGCAAGGCAGGAGCGGAGGGGGCCACGGGGACAGAGGAGGGCAGGUUCAAGCUGAAAAUCCCCUCCGUGAGCAUCAGCAGAGCAGGCGCUGAGUCGAGCACAGACACCCAGCCUCUCGUCCCCUCUGCUGUGGGGCCAGACUUCUCCUUCAAAAUGCCCCAGAUUGCCUUGCCGGACGUGGGCUUCUCUGUGGACCAAGAAGGAAAGCGGGAGAAGCUGUCCGGUGGGGCAGACCUGGAUGUGGGGGGAGGCCUGGAGGCCAGGCUGAAGAUGCCCAAAGUCAAGAUGCCCAGCCUGGGAGUCUCAGGCCCCAAGGGGGACACAGAGGCUGCCGCUCCCCCUCCAGGCCGCAGAGGCUCCGGCGGGGAGGACUCGGAGGGGAAGGGGGCGGGGGCGGCCUUCCAGGUGCCCGGCCUGGAGCUUGCAGCCCCCAGUCUCCAAGGCCACGCCAAGUAUGAGGUGGAGGGGGCCCAACUCCGCCCCAGCGGCUCCCAGGUGCUGGAGGUGGCGGGCAAGAGAGGCCGGGCUGGCAGCGAUGGCCAGAAGAGCCCAGCAGGCAAGGGGGGCCCCUCGGAUGCCGAUGCCGGGAAGAAGUACCGGGUGAAGAUCCCCAAGUUUGGCCUCGCCCUGCCCAAAGCGGGAGCCGAGGCUGGGGAAGGCGGCUCUGGGCAGGCGGCCGAGGCCAAAGGCAGGCGGCCGAUGAUCUUCCUGCAGAGAUGGCCCAAAGGCAAGGGGGCCGAAGGCUCCUCUGGGCUCCUGGAGGGGGGAGAAGAGGAGGCAGACAGCAAGGGGGUGAUGGCCAAGCUCAAGCUCAGGCCCGGCUUCGGACUCGCCCUCUCCAAGCCGAAAGCGGGGGCCCAGGUCAACGGGGAGCUGGAGGAGGCGGGUGCCUCCAAGCUGAAGAUGCCCAAGCUGGGCUUCUCCAAAGCAGAGGGUGGGGAAAGGGCUGAGGAGGAGCAGGAGGCAUCGGUGCCGAACGGGGCCCAAGACAGCAAGAGCGAGCUGGGCAAGAUCCGGCUGCCCCAGCUGGAGCUCUCUUCCUCCUCCAAGUUGGCCCAAGCAGACCCCCACGCGGGCCCCCCCGGCACCUUUCCAGCCCUCAAGGCUGCCAGGUUCAAGGCCCCCAAGAUCACCUUCUCGGGCCCCAAGAAACGGAACGGGGAGGCGGCUCCUGGUGCCGUGGUCUCUUCCGCCGCCCGGACAGAGAUGGCCUCUCUGGAAACAGGUGACGCCGCUGCCAAGGGGGAGAAGUCGUCUCCCCGAUUCCGAUUCCCCAAGCUGGUGCUGAGCCCCAAAGCUCAGGGGCUCCUGGAAAUCACCUCUGGGAGCGAGGAGGCGGAGGAGGAGGGGCUGAAGCUCAAGCUGCCCAAGGUGGGCUUCUCCGGGGAGCUCAGCUCCGAGGAGCAGGGCCUAGCAGCAGCAGGGGGGCGCCCUGUCAGCAGGGCAGAGGGGGAGGCCGCAGCAGCGGUGGUGUGAGCUGGGGAAGCCCACAGGGCCCCUCUGGCGAGCCUGGCUCUCUGGGCUUGCUCUCUCUGCCUGUGUAAUGUUUAGCACUAACCACAAGGGGGAGACCUCAGCACUUGGGGGGCGCUCUUGAGCAGCGCCCCCCACCUCUGCUAACAACCCCUCUAUGGAGGCCACACUGCACCUCCCCAGCCAGGUGAGACAACGUGCCCGCCUCCCUCCCUCCAGGCCCUCCUGCGUCCCUUCUGUGGGGCACUCCUACCUUUUGCACCCAGCCAGCUGCCCUUCCUCCAGGCUUCUGCUCCUCUUGCGGGGGGCCUCCUUGCUCCUCCUCCGCCUCACGCUGGCUUUAGAACGUCAAGGAGGAAGAAUCACUCCAUUUGCACUGCUCUCUUGCGCUGCUCGCUCUCUCGCCAGUCUGGGUUUGACAUCGGUGAGGAAGGAGAAGAGAGUCACUGCUGCUUCGGUGGGGAGCAUCCCGGAAAGGACUGCCCUUCAGAGAGGGCCAGAAAGCGGAUGAGCGGCUGCACAGUCAGAGAGGCAGGCUGGAGCACGACUGCUGCAGCAGCAGGAGGAGGAGUGGGGCUCCGGCCCCCAGGCCCUGGUGGUGGGUUUCCCAGCUGGGCGCCUGCGUGGAUGCUGGGGUGGGUGGCUUGGGCCCCCUUCCGCUCUAGGCUUGCUUGCCAACUCUCCCUCGUUUCAGGGAUGACGUGUUGGUCCCUAAAGGGACAGCAUUUGUCCCUCAUUGAUUCCAAAGCAUGUCAUUCCAUGGCACAGACGCCAAGGAGACCCAGGCUCCCGAUCACCACUGCAUCAUCCACCCCGCAAACUUGUGUCCCUCCUUCUGGCCAUGAAAUGUGGGCAACCCAGUUCCGCUCUCUCCAGCAAGGCUGCUUCUGGGCUGGCGGAGGACAUGCUCUUGAGGGUGGGGGCUGUGUGGCCUGGGGCUCCAGGGGAGCGGAGACCCUGUUUUCAGGGCCCAAAUACAUGGGGGCGUCUGGGACAGCGGGGCCUGUGGUCUUCUUCAUCUCCCCCCCACCCCGCAAGACAUUUGUCUCUGGUGCAAACAAGGCUUUCCAUCUUCUCUGAGGUGCCUUCCAAGUUCCAAGCCUUCUGCCUGACUCCCUCUUUCCUGCACAGACCCCCCCUUCCCCGGGGGGGGGCAGUCUGUGGAAUCAGGUGAUCCAGGCCAAACUUCAUUUCUGCUGCCUUCAGGGCAGCUCGCAUUCCACUUGAAUUAGAUACCACGGGGUGUGUGUGUGUGUGUGUGUGCCCCUUUUCUGCAAGAGGCUAAUUUGAGACCCCUAAUGGCUUGAUCUUCAACAGGCAUGGAUUGAUGCCAGCCCUUCAAUGGUGAAAUAUCUUUGUGAAGUUCCACAAAUAUGACCAUUUUCUUUUGCUUGGGCGGGGACUGUGGGGUGUGUGUGUGUGUGUGUCAUGGAUCCUGCAAAGGCAUUUACACAUAGGCCAGAAACAAAGGGUCCGAGUGGGGUCUCCAGAGGCUCAUGUGGGGCAGGGGGCCGAAAGAGCUCCUGGUUCUGAGAUGUACAGAAAUCUUUUCUCUAACGUUUAACAACAGAGGCCUGCUGUGAUGGGUUUAACUCUUUUGCUGCUAACUUUUCCAGUAACUGCCUCUUUGCCAGAUUGUAUGUUUAAUAACUUUAAAAAAAAAUAAAGAUGUCACACUGUUCUCUCUGAUACUCUGUACUGCUGCUGCUUCCCCCACCCACUCUAGUUCUGGGUUUGAAUAAAAAGUAAUUAUGGACUAA